AUGGUGGGUGGUGUGUACUGUCCACUGUCGCCUCGAGAUCCAUUGGAUCGUUUAAAUAUCCUUUUUGAAACGACAGAAAGUCGCCUUCUUCUUGUUCAUGAAGAAACAAAAUUGAGAAUUGGAAAUGGCGUCGCAUCAUUUGACAUCGAUACCAUCUUUAGGAUGACUAUAGGACAAGGUAGUGUAGGCAUAGAUGCACUAUCGACGAUGGUAGUUAAUAGCGACAAAAUUGCAUAUGUUGUAUUUACCAGUGGAUCAACUGGAAUACCAAAGGGGGUUCGAGUUCGACAUCGAAAUGUAGUAGCAUGCAUUAAGUCGUUAGUGCAAGUGAACUUGUUUACAAAGGACGAUACUGUGUUGCAAAUGGCAAGCUGUUCGUACGAUGUUCAUGUUCAAGAAAUACUAGGUGCAUUGAUCGUUGGUUGUACUAGCGUGAUGUUACAUCCACAUGGAAACAUGGACUUGGAUUACGUGGUGACGGUAGUCAAGGGAAAACAAGUUUCAUACAUGCAAAGUGUUCCGGCAUAUGUUGGUAAUCUGUUGAACCUUUUAGAACAGAAAAAUCAAAAUGCUCUACCAGCUUUACGUACUCUGGACAUUGGUGGAGAUAAUAGUACCAUUCAGUUUAUGCAAAAGUUGCGCAACUGUGUGGCAAAUAAUGUGUGCAUCUGGAACACUUAUGGGCCUGCUGAGUGCACAAUCGAUUGUACGGGUCAUGUCGUUAAUAUAACCCCAGAAAUCGAUGGUGUUUCGAUAGGACGCCCGCUUCCUACUUAUCGAGCCAUAGUUUUGGAUGAUAUGUUGCAACCGGUUAUCAAUGGUGCAGAGGGAGAACUAUUUAUAGGGGGUGCAGGUGUCUUCGCUGGCUACUUGAAUCGAGAUGACCUAACGUCUAGUGUGCUACUAUCUAUCGAUAAUGAAGCAUACUAUCGAACGGGUGAUCUUGUUCGAAUCGACAGCAAAGGACUUUUGUAUUAUGUCGGUCGAAAAGACUUUCAAGUGAAACUACAUGGCCAACGCAUCGAGUUAGGAGAAAUAGAACGAUGUUUGCUCGAUACAACUAUUACUGCUUGUGUUGUGACGAAAUGGGGAGAACAUCAUUUAGUUGCAUAUGUACAAAGCAGUGAAACGAGUGAGACACAACUGCGUGAACAUUGUCAGUCUCAUCUUCCGUCACAUAUGGUGCCAUCGAUGUUCAUCAUACUGGAUAAACUGCCACUGAAUGCAAAUGGAAAAGUAGAUCGAAAGCAACUCCCAUCACCUGAAUUUUCGAUGUUAAAACAGGCCGACAGCACCGCAAUAGCGCCACUUACGCCGCUGGAAUUACAGCUGCGUAGUAUAUUCAGUCGAGCCUUCCACAAUGAGCUACCAAAUGUUACGAUGUCAUUUGGAGAAAUGGGUGGUACAUCAUUAGAUGUUAUUCGCGCCCUGUAUUUCCUUCGGCAAGAAAUAACGACAAAAAUCGAUGUUGGUCUUGUGUUUGCUAAUCCAUCCAUUCGACAGCUUGCAUGUGCAAUUCAACCGUUAAUCGAUACCAGCGACACUUCGGUGGCUAUUUCUACAAUUGAACAAUCAACCGAUAGCCCUGACAGGUCAAUAUCAUGUUUAAUUAUCGAACUACUAGGUAUCGUAUUGCUUCUAAGCCAGUGGCUUUUCCCUAUGUGGUUGGCUUUUCAGUUUCAUUCAUUUGUUACUCUUCUGUCCGUACCUGUUUUUCAUCUCGUGGCAUACAUUGUUUGUCUACGUUUGUUAGUUCACAGUAGUGAAGUUAUAGAUCGAAAGGAUAAAUUGUAUUCGUGGUAUUACUAUCGUUGGUGGUUUUUGAACAGUUUGUGGUCGAUUAACAACUCAUACUGGUUAAGGCAUUUAACUGAUACACCAUUCUAUAAUUGGUAUCUCCGAUUGUGCGGUGCAAAAGUGGGGCGUAAUGCACAUAUUUACACAGUAUCAAUCGAUGCACCUUGGUUGAUCGAAGUAGGAGAUUCUACAUUUAUCGGUGACGAAGUUGUACUGUCAAGUUUGUCAUAUGAAGAGAAGACUUAUACACUUCGGUCGAUCAGUAUUGGUUCUCACUGUUGCAUCAAUACGCGUUCUACACUUUAUUAUGGUGCGACAAUCGAAAAUAACACUUACAUAGAACCAAUGUCAGCAGUCUCAGGUGUUGCUCGAACAACGAAUAAUGAUGUAUUCCUGAAAAAUCAAGGGAUAUCAUUGAAAAAAUCCAUACAUCAAUUCGUUUGUUUAUUCCUACUUCUUAUCAUUCACAGUUCAAUUAUUCUACUGAGCUAUUACAUCUACUGUGGUUGUCGUAUUUUGCCAAUACCGCUACCUGUUUGUAUUGCUUUCAGCUGGUUAAUAUGGGCAUCGAUAAGUUUUUGCACUGCCAUAGUUCUAUUGAAGUUCAUUGUGGGGCGUGCUAAAACAGGAUGCUAUUCACUGAACUCCUUCCAUUAUGUCCAAAAAAUAUGGUUGCGCCAAUUGAUUAUAACAUCAUUUCAACAUUCACUAGAUUUGCUGCCAAAUUACAGCUCUUUUGCAUCAGUCAUCUUACGUUGGUUAGGCACUCGAAUUGAAGAGGACGUCAUGUUUGCCCACUUUCGGCAUAUUUUAUACUUUCCGUCUGAUUUACUUGAAGCGAAAAGUACUGUCACAACAUUUGGUGGAGCUAAGCUAGCUACUUUCGAUGUAACAAAAUAUGGUUUCUGUCGUCUUGACAAAAUACAUCUUGGUGCAGGUACAAAUCUGACAAACUGGUGCACAGUCAUGCCUGGUGCUCGGCUCGCAUCAAACACAAUGGUCGGUAGUCUAACAUUAGUCACUCAAGAAACAAGUAGUAUUAACGCUAACACUACAUUGCUUGGUAUUCCAGCACGUGAAAUGCCAUUUAAGCUAUCUGAUGACGCGAACUCAACUCAAAAUAGAUUAUCAUCGACAAAUACGUUCUCUAUUAAAGCAAUAUUACUUAGUUGCCUUAGAGCCCUUGUCAGUAAAUCACUACUCGUCAUUUUGUACUCAUCACUUCCAGUUUUUGCUUCGCCAGUCGUUCAUAUUAUUCUUUCCUGUGCUAUCUACCGUUACUCCAUUUGGCUUUCGAAGAAACAGUCACAAUCUACGUAUUCUAUCAUUAUCACUACUUUACAACAGAUUUUUAAUACAUGUCUGUACGAUUUUUACAACUUAAUUGCUCCAUUUCUAUCCGGUACGCAAUAUCUCGUAUAUGUUUUUCGUGGUUUGGGCGCUCGCAUCGGACGAGAUGUCAUCUUACCCGAUAUUAAAUGUCUUAUUGAUCCUUAUUUGACUACCAUUGGCAACCAUGUACGCUUACAGACUGGCGCUUACAUUGAAUGUCACACAUCCGAACAUCGGCGCUCCAAACGGGCACCUGUAACUGUUAAUCAUUCAAGUGUGCUCAUGAGUAAUACACUGAUACUUCCUGGAACAGAGAGCGCUGAUAUCCUAUCAACGCAUCAGACGCUCAGUUCACAGAUACCUAUUCAAUGUGAACAUUCCACGUUUGAUCAUUGCAUUCCAUCACUAGCCAGAUAUUGCAUAACAAAAACAGAUCACAGGAAUUGCAGCAGAAAGAUGAAAACACUACUGUUUAUGCAAGACAUCGGCUCUUAA